UGAAUAUUAGUUAAUGUGUUGAUGUAAAAGAUGACUCCGAAAAUUGAAAGACUGAGCGAUGAGUCGUCGAUGGUAAAGGAAGGCCCUUUCUGGGAUGAUCAAAAUAAUGUCCUUUAUUUUGUUGAUGUGUACGGAAAGUAUUUACAAAAGUACGACCCUGUGAAAAAUACCUUUGUAAAACUCGCAUUCGAGAGUAAUAUCCACGCAGUAAUCCCAGUUAAAGGAAAAUCUGAUGAGUUCUUCGUACCAUUUGAUAGCGAAUUAGUGGUCGUGAAAUGGGACGGACAAAGUUCGAAAUAUUCUGUCGUUAAAAGCUUAUGGAAACUGGAUGAAGAACUUAAAGGAAAAGCAUCUUUUAAUGAUGCAAAAUGCGACAGGACCGGACGUCUUUGGAUAGGGACUGCGGAUUCCAGCAUUACUUCAAUAACGCCACCAGAUAAACCAUUUCGAGAAGGAUUCUUUAUAUCAUACGACAAAGGCAAAGUGGUUACUCAUCUUACCAAUAUUGGAGUAUCAAACGGAAUUGCUUUCGACGAUAAAUUAAAAAAAUUGUACUACAAUGAUACCAUUGAUGGCAUAGUAAUGGGAUUCGAUUUUGAUGAAGCAAGUGGCACACUCAGCAACAAAGAAAUUGUUUUCACUUUUGCCAAACAUAAGAUCGAGGGAUUACCAGACGGAAUGACAAUCGACGCGGAAGGUAAUCUAUGGGUUGCCGCCGUAACAGGUGGAAAAAUUUUGAAAAUUGAUCCCCGCAAACGGGAAACUAUAGUAGACAGCGUAUCGUUGCCUGCGACACAGCCCACAUCCGUUACAUUUGGGGGACCAAACUAUGAUGAACUUUACGUCACCACUGCAAGAUUUCCACUGGAGGGCGUAACACCCGAUGCUCCGGAAAACGGCACCUUAUACAGGAUCACCGGCCUCGGUGUAAAAGGCCUACCCCCAAACAGAUUCGUCUAUUAAUCGUUUGUUAAACUAAUUAAUAUUUUUCAUAUUUGUACACAUAUUUUUAUUAGUAUAGUGCCAUAUAUCUUUUUGAACCUUUUCCAGGAAAGUAUCCAUCUUAAAACAAACAAAAAACUAUUUAGUUUUCUUUUUGUGUGAUAUUUGGAUUAAGUUUAAGUUGAUGUUGACUGUAAGAAUACAACGUCAUCACUUUUACUUACUUUUACCUUUUCUUUUAGUAUUUCUUUUCUUUUGUAAUUUUACGUUUCUUUAUUUUAUUUUGUAUUAAAAAGUACAAAAUAUAUGUAUAUAUGUGUUUAUUAAAUACACAAAAACCAAAAAAAAUGAUAUUGGACAAUUAAUUGUUGAAUAGAUUUAGAAAAGCUCUCAGUCCAACUAUUUACUAUUUUCGAAGUGAUGAUUAGUGUAGUGGCUGCUUUUGGUUAAAGACAACCUGUUUGGUCGUUACCUGAAGGCAGUAGGUAGGUUAAGUUCGCUUUUUGUAGUCCUUGCAAUAAAGCCUAUUAUCAUUAUUAUAUCACAUAAAGGAAA